GUUCCCGAUGGUCUCUGCGCCGCGUUUUCUCACGUCAUUGAGCUAGAUUGGUUCGAUAUUGUCUCAGCGCCAAACGGUUCGUUUACACGCAGGGUGUUAAUCCGUGUUCUGACUUUAUUGUCCGCGUGUCGCCAUUCAGAUAAGGUAUCGUGUUACCUUUUACUAUGGUGACCAUGCGCUUGUAAGGAGCGGUACAAAGGGCUACACCCAGCUGUGGGUGACGUGACCAGCAGGGAGGUAGGAUGCGGCCGCCCGUGCAGCCCACCGGCCCGGCAAAGGACGCGUCCAGCCGCGGGGUCUCGUUCGACUUCUCGAGACCCGCCAGUGCUCAUUAAACUGUCACAUUAUUAAGUCGUGUCUAAUGUCUGAGGAAGAGGAGGAGAAGCCUUCGUGUCGUGUGAAAUGAGACGGAGGGAGACAUGGACAUGAGGAAGUCGCGGAGCGAGAGCGGCGCGAGCCCGCUGGACGGCGGCAGCGGGAGACACCACGACUGGGACUCGAAGAGGCGGAGGAAGAUGGCCGAGAUUUCCCAGGCCUUAAGCGUCACCCCCGUGGACGUGGCGACCUUGCGGAGGAUGGCCAUCAGCGAAGGCGGUCUGCUCAGCGAUGAGAUCCGCCGCAAAGUGUGGCCAAAGCUGCUCAACGUGCAAAUGGACAACCUGCCUGAAAAACCAGGGGAAGAGCUUCGUGUGAACAACAAGGACUACAAUCAAGUGCUGCUGGAUGUUCGGCGCUCUCUGAGGAGGUUCCCUCCUGGCAUGCCCGAUGAGCAGCGAGAGGGUCUGCAGGAAGAGCUCAUCGAUAUCAUCCUGCACGUCCUGCAGCGCAACCCCCAGCUGCACUACUACCAGGGCUACCACGACAUUGUCGUCACCUUCCUGCUUGUCGUUGGGGAACGCCUGGCUACCAUCCUCGUGGAGAAGCUCUCUACACACCACCUCCGGGACUUCAUGGACCCCACCAUGGACAACACCAAACACAUUCUCAAUUACCUGAUGCCCAUCAUUGAUCGCGUCAACCCUGAGGUGCACGACUUCAUGCAGCAAGCUGAGGUGGGCACCAUAUUUGCCCUCAGUUGGCUCAUCACCUGGUUCGGCCAUGUGCUGUCUGACUUUCGCCACGUGGUGCGGUUGUACGACUUUUUCCUGGCCUGCCACCCGCUCAUGCCCAUUUACUUUGCAGCCGUGAUUGUGCUGUACCGUGAGGAAGAGGUGCUGGAGUGUGAGUGUGACAUGGCCUCCGUCCACCACCUGCUUUCUCAGAUACCCCAGGAUCUGCCCUACGAGCUCCUCAUCAGUCGUGCCGGCGACCUCUUUGUCCAGUUCCCCCCAUCCGAGCUGGCCAGGGAAGCGGCGGCGCAGCAGGAAGAGAGGACAGCAGCCUCCACCUUCAAGGACUUUGAGUUGGCUUCGACGCAGCAGCGGCCUGACACGGUAUUGAGGCGGCGGAGGAAGGAGCAGGUCGUGGCAGGGCGGGAGCCGGGGGCAGUGCCAAAGGUGGCAGCGGGAGUGGUGGCAGUGGUGAGGCCACGGGCGCGGCGCUUCGUCCGGCUUGCCGUCAUGGGCCUCACUGUAGCUCUGGGGGCAGCGGCACUGGCUGUGGUCAACACAGCCCUGGAGUGGGCACCCAAACUGGACCUACAGCUCUUCCCCUGACCCUGGACCGCGGGCAUGGGGAGUAGACGACUCCGUAAGGAACAACAAGUUUCCAUUGACUUGGAGAACAGGAAUACUUCUGUGGACCCCUUUUCUGUCUGUACGUGUAAAUACACUAAUUACUGUAUGGCUAACAGAGAUUAAACUAUGCAGCAAGUGGCUUUAGUGGGACUGGAAGAGGCUUGGUGAUUGUAUUGGGAGAAGUUUACCCUUGUAAACAUGGUAGUUUACCUUCUCACUUUAUCUGCAUCAGAGCCUAUUGAUGGUGAGGCAGUCCUUAAUCGUUCCACUUCUGGAAGUGAAUGAGACCAAAAGCGCCGAGCUCAUAUAAGCCCCACCUGUGUAUAUUUAGCAAAUAGGAAUUUAUUUGUAUUUUGAAGUCACUUUGAAUCCCUGGCUUGUAUGUUUGCGCACACGCCGAACUUCUGCCAUGUGUCUGAGGCUAACGGUGGUCAAAAGGUACAUCUGGAAAGAAAAGGUGACAUCUUUUUCCAUCGUGCCUGAUGUCAGACCAGCCUGUUUUGGUCUGAAGGCGCAAAUGGGAGGGACGGGGGGGCCUUCCUUACAGCGAGUCCCUGCUCAUUCUGGCAGCGCUGUAGUGUGGAAAUGGGCACAGAGGUGCUUUUCUGUCAUGUUGCACAACAGGGAUGUCAUCUUUAUUUCCUCAUCUUUUAGAACUGUAAGGAAUCUGCAUUUCAGGCCACUUGUGGCAUGGGGAAAACUGGUCUGGCCAGAGUUGUGUUCCAUGGACUUUGCUAUUUGAUGUCUAUAGUUUUAAGAUUAACAGUGAAAAGUCUUAAGUGUGUGUCACUUUAAGCAGCUGUCUCAUUGUAAAACUGAAAAAAAAAAAAAUGUUUUCAGAAAUUUGUGUAUUCUAUACAUAUACAGAGUGAGAAAACAGCAUUAAGAUCCUCAUUGGAUAAAUGGUGAAACAGGAUGGUAAUGGAUCUUUGACCAAUCUGGAUUUCAUCAUAUUUUAUACUGACAUUUGUAAAACUUGCAAUGAUGCAAAUAUGCCAUUUGGCAGUCUAGUGGUUUCACUGUACAGUGACAUUGAGCCAUCUCACCAAUGCGGCCCGUUGAGAACGAUGUUCUCCGAACUCAGGUAAUUUAAAGAACCCCUAGCUGCAUUGCCUGCUGUUCCACUGUGCAUGGAGACAGACGGAUGAUGGAAGGGUAACUCCACAGAUCUGUGGAUGUCAAUCUCAUCCCCCCCCCCUCCUCAUGAAAAUGCCGUGAAUGUGAAGAUCACCGCAAAUAAACACUGAACAAAAA